AUGUUAAGACGAAGUCGUCGUUUAUCGAGAGCUAAAGAAGCAACGCACUGUAAUGGUGGUGCAAUCAAUAAGAAGAAGAUCAAACUGAAUGAUAAUGAUAUGGCGAAUUACAGCAAAGAUGGAGAAACUGUUAUUGAUGACAGAGAAUUUUGCGAUGCCAUUAGUUUAAUCAAGUUGCGCAGCAUACUUGGUAGGAAGAUUGAGAAUUGUGAAAUGAUUUUAUCGAAAAAAUCACAAAAAACAAGUCUAAAAGAUAUGCCUUUAAAGCAAAGGAGAGAAACGGCCAAUGAAAGUGAUGAUCAUAAAAAUUCAAAAAUGGAUGAUGCGAACUCUGCCAACGAAAAUUUACAAGAUUUUGGUGUUGAUGAAAAAGCGAGCACAUCGAAUAAUUACACGGAGGAGACCGCCACAGUAUUGGCUAUGAGAAGUACGAAUGGGGAAAGCUUAGCAGUGAUUCUAAAUCAAGGUUUGACGAGCAGUGAUGCUGAAAAAAUCGAUGCAGUGUUGUUGAAAGCAGAUGUGCAAACGAUAUUAGCAACAUUGAAUGAUUUGCCAGUCACACAAAUUAUACCUUUACUUAAGGAAAUUGAAUAUCGUUGCAGAAAUCGCAAACAUUUUGACAGUUGUUGGAUGCGAUGGUUGCAGUAUAUUUUCUCUAAGCAUAUGGCUUAUCUCUGCACCAUUGGUACUUUGAAAGAGGAUUUAUCAUCCUUAUUUGAUUGGUUCGGUAAAAGGGCAUCGAAUAUGGGUGAACUGUUGCAAGUUAACGGAAAACUUUCUUUGAUUAAUGAGCAAAUUAAUCGUCGCAUGUGUCCGCAUAUGUUUGUUUCUCAGCAACCGAGUAUUUCUUUUGAAGAUGAUGGUGACAUAUCAGAAACAUCAGAUGAAAUGGAUGAUUUUAAGGAUGAAGAAAGUAUUGAAAGCGUAGAAAAAUGGUGGGAUGACGAGGAAAUUGGAUCUGAUGAAAAUCACUUAUCAUCUGAUGACGAAAAUGGAAAAAGAAGAAGAGACUCGAAUUUCGGAGAUAAUCAGGACAUAAAUGAUGAUGAUGAUGAUGAUGAUGAUGAUGAUGGUGAUGAUGAUGACGAUGAUGAUGAUGAUGAUGAUGAUGGUGAUGAUGGUGAUGAUAAUGAUGAUGAUAAUAAUAAUAGUGAAAAUGGCAGGGAUUUACUAACAUAUUGUAGGCAAUCUACUGAUCUUCAUAACAAAAUGAUAUUUAACGAUUCGACUAACAAGACACCAUGUCGUCACCAAAAUGAUAAUUCACGAACAAAUAACAGUAAAACUCCAAAAAGUGUCAAGAAAGAAAAUCGUUCGAUAUCGCUGAAAACUCCAAGUCAUAAUUCAAGUGUUUCAUUUAACAAAUCAAAAGGUGGCUUAAAGAAGCGUGAGCUUACACCAUCCAGAAAUCCAAAUUAUAGCGGUGUUGGUGGUGGUGAUCGGUUUAUACCGAAUCGAAGUGAAACACAGUUUGAAUUUGCGAAUCAUUGCCUUGUUAGUCAUAACUCUGAGAGUGAUUCACUUUUAAAUAUGUCAUUGUCUGCACCAACCAGCCCAUCAAAAGCUGAAAAGGCUUAUAUGAUAAAGAUGAUGCGCGCUAAAUCAGCAAACGACGUGGAUACUAGCAAUGAUGAAAGAAUUCUGUGUUACAAAAAGGGUCAAGCACCACUGCCACCGUUGGGUUACGUGAAUCAAUCAAAAGUACUUUACACAUCAAGCACUCUGAGGCCAUCUGGAAGUGUUGGCAAGGGAUUACGCUAUAUAACUAAUAGCCCUGAACGCAUCCUGGAUGCACCAAAUUUUAUGGAUGAUUACUAUAUGAAUGUGAUUCAUUGGAGCUAUGAUAAUAUUAUUGCUGUCGCUUUAACUUAUGCUCUAUAUUUGUGGAAUGCUUCUACUGGCGAGAUUAUUACACUCUUUGAAUUACCAGAAGAAUCUGGAAAUUAUAUCACAUCAGUUCAGUGGGCAGAACAGAGCUCGAUUUUGGCAGUUGGGCUUUCAAAUGGAUAUGUUAAGUUAUUUGACCCUACACGAGAAAAUUCUUUGCUACGAACAAUGCAGUGUCAAAUAAGUCGUGUAGGAUGCUUAUCUUGGCGUCAACAUGUACUUUCUGCAUCAGGACGAAUAUAUCAUCACGAUGUUCGUGUUCGGGAUUUCCAAAUUGGAACAUUUCCGGGACAUGGACAGGAAGUUUGUGGCCUUGUGUGGAGUAGUGACGGUCACUAUCUUGCUAGCGGUGGAGGUGAUAAUAUGGUUAAAAUUUGGGAGCCUUCAAUGUUGACAGUUGAGGAUCCGGAACCACUGUACAAUUUCAGCGAUCAUCUUGCAUCAGUGAAAGCGAUUGCAUUUAAUCCUCAUCAAGCACAUUCAUUAGCAACUGGUGGUGGUACCGUUGAUCGGACGAUUAAAUUUUGGAAUCUUGCCAGUGGGACACUGAGUCACAGUCAAGAUACUGACAGUCAGGUAAAUGCCCUGGCAUUUACACCGAAUUAUAAGGAGUUAAUUAGUGGUCAUGGAUAUCCUGGAAAUGAUUUGAAAAUAUGGAAGUAUCCAUCGAUGAAUUGUCUUAAGGUACUGACUGGACAUACUGAACGCAUUUUGGGUAUGACGAUUUCGCCAUGUGGACAGUACGUUAUGAGUGCAUCUAGCGACGAAAGUCUCCGUCUGUGGUGGUGUUUUAAAGUCGACAAAAGCGCUAAACUAAAGUCGGCAACAAAAAAAUCGCGUUUGGUACAGUCAGUCCGUUAG